AUGAUGCGGACUGCUGCCUUCUUUAAGGCUCCGCACCCCAGACAGCCAGACCCAGAGGAAAGAGCGAGCGGCGCACCGGGCCGCGGUGGCCCACGCAGCCACGGCCCGGGCACCCGGCCGGCGGCCUCACGCGAUGCUGCCUGGCCGUGCCCGGGAGUCCGCCGGCGCCCCGGGACCCCAGUGCGCCCAACGGACCGAGGAGCCGGUGUCCCCGAGCCCGUCAUCACGUUCCAGUGCAGACGGCUCCGGGGCCCGAAGGAGACACCGUCCGCGACCCAGAGGGAGCGCCGCACCCUGCCCGGAGACGCGCGCCGCGUCCGGCCAGGGCCGGUGGCCGCGGCGCCCGCGGGGUCCAGAGCCGAGCCCGCAAUGCAGACGCGCCGGCGAGCCCCGCGCUGUGCCCGCGACCCCCGCGCCCCAGACACGCAGCUGCCCGGCCUCUGCGCCCAUCUGCUCCGCCACGAAGCUGCGGAGGCACCCAACGCAGCACUGGGACGGACAGUGCACCUGCCGGGCCCGCGGCCCCGGCCCCAACGCCGCCGGCAGCACCGCGGCCAGCGCCGUCUCACCUGCCGCGCCGCUCCGCUCAGUCAGCCCGCAGCGCCGCAGUAG